AUACCCUAUUAUUGAGGAGAAGCCAUAACGAUUUGAACUAGUGCCCAUAUUAUAAUUAUGAAACAGAUGAUGAGUAGGCUGCAUUUCAUUUCUCUCCAAAACUCACCAUGAGAAGAAGGGAACAGUUGCAGAAAAUGGCUUAAGUUUUAAAAAAAGAAGGGAAGAAAAGAAAAAAACUCGAGCGAGGAAAGGAAUUGAGUCCGUAGCAGUAAACGGGCAAAAGCCAAAAGCCAAGAUUUGUGGUUAACCAUUCGUCUCUCUUAUGUCCGUCUGCGAAAUCAUCGGCCUCUGUGAUCCCCCUAAUACUUUUUCGGCCAAACUAAUCACACUCUCCCUCUUCAUCCACCCCUAAGUUUUUCAUCCCCCAUCAAACAACAAAUAAACCUAAACCCCCCUUUUUGAUUCAUCGCACCCUGAGAUCUGCUUUCUUCUUCUCUCAUUCUGUUUCCAUCUUUUCUCUGCAAUCAAUUUGAUUUGUACACUUCGUGAUUUCGAAUUCAGUGCAUUGAAACAUCUCUGAUCAAGCUCCCUUUCACGAUUCCCGAGACGAUAACCCUCCUUUUCCCGCGAUUUUCAAAAGUAGUAGAUCUGUGGAUCGUUGUUGUUAUCUGGAUCUGAUCGGGUUUGUCCAUAUUGAAAUCCGCGCAUCACUUUGCGUUGGAUUUAGCGAUUUAUCUCGGCAUGAGCAAUGAACGACCUUUUUGCCCCUGUUUGCUUCUGCGCAUAAUGUGACUUGAACGGUAUUUUUCUCUUUUAUGCGGUCUCUAAAGCCCUUGUGAAAUUGAGAACCAUAUCUACAGGGUUGUUUUGAGCUGCAUUGCUUUUUCGCGGAGUACUGAUUGGGACGAAAUCUCUAGCGACCCUUGUUUCAAAAGUUGAAGUUUGCCCUUUUCCUAUUGAUGCAUUGCCAAGGUGGACUCAAAUGAGUUAGUUGAUUGGGAAAGAAAAAUGUGUUGCUUGGGGAAGCCCAGGUUACUCUAGUCUGUGAGAUUUUGCUGCGUACUUGGAUUACAAGAGAUAUACUGUGCGCAUUAAUCUUUGUUGAUAGUGUCCUGCAGUGGGCUGGGUUAUUUCAAGUUUCUCCAAUGUGGCAAUUGGAGAAUGCUUUAUGACUUCUGGGCAGCCUUUGCUGUCAUCAGAUACUUCUUCUGCAGUGCAUCCUCGAAAUCACAGCUUAGGAUCCAUUGGUUGCCUCUGCAGCAAUGUUUCUUUUUCAUCCUCUAGCUUUGAAGAGGGACAGAGCAAUUACUUAGAUGUAAAGGAAGGAGAAGAAGAAGAAGCUUUCUCUGUUGGUGAAACUGCUUUUCAGCCAAGUCCCCUUGAACGUACUCAUCCACUAGAAAAGACAAGGAAGUUCCACUCUGUUGAUCUUCAAUUCUUACGGCAGAUCUCAUUGGUGCGCCCCACGCGCGAGAGGAAACAUCUGGUAUCGUGGGGUGCAAUGGAACUGAACAACAAUGCCAAUACUUCCCCAGCCUUUGAAAUUUCUAGAACUACUACAGUACAACGAGAAAAGUUCCACAAGUCACAGAAGUCCUGCCGGAAAAGUGUGGGUUGUGGAGAUAACUUGUUACAUGGAGAGAAUCCUCGAUUGAUAUAUAUCAAUGAUCCAAGAAGGACAAAUGACAAGUAUGAGUUCACUGGGAAUGAGAUUCGAACUAGCAAGUACACGUUGAUCACUUUCUUGCCAAAGAAUCUUUUCAUUCAGUUCCACCGGGUUGCCUAUUUAUACUUUCUGGCUAUAGCUGCUCUGAACCAGCUUCCACCUCUUGCAGUUUUCGGUAGAACAGUAUCCCUUUUUCCACUCUUGUUUGUGCUUUGUGUCACGGCAAUUAAAGAUGGCUAUGAGGAUUGGCGAAGGCACAGGUCAGAUAGGAAUGAGAAUAACAGGACGGCACUGGUGCUUCAAGAUGGGGAAUUCCGACCAAAAAAAUGGAAAAAGAUAUGUGCUGGUGAGGUUGUCAAGAUUCAUGCUGAUGAUACAAUUCCAUGUGACAUGGUUUUGUUGGGUACAAGUGAUCCUAGUGGACUUGCUUACAUUCAGACGAUGAACUUGGAUGGUGAGUCAAAUUUGAAGACAAGGUAUGCUAGGCAAGAAACAGCUUGUGUGGUAUUUGAGGGUUCCACAGUAUCGGGUUUGAUAAGAUGCGAGCAACCAAAUAGGAACAUUUAUGAGUUUACUGCCAAUAUGGAAUUCAAAGGACAACAAUUCUCCCUUAGCCAGUCAAAUAUUGUUUUGCGUGGUUGUCAGUUGAAGAACACGGAUUGGAUAAUUGGUGUUGUGGUAUAUGCUGGACAGGAAACUAAAGCCAUGUUAAAUAGUGCUGCAUCUCCUACCAAGAGAAGCAAGCUAGAAACUUAUAUGAACAGGGAAACCCUGUGGUUGUCAAUUUUUCUUUUUGUCAUGUGUCUGGUCGUGGGCCUUGGAAUGGGUCUAUGGCUCAACCGUCAUAGGGAACAGCUUGAUACCAUGCCUUAUUACAGAAAAAGAUAUUUCAAAAAAGGGAAAGAUAGUGGGAAAACAUUCAAAUACUAUGGGAUCCCAAUGGAGACUUUCUUUUCCUUUUUGAGUUCUAUUAUUGUAUUUCAAAUCAUGAUCCCAAUCUCUCUUUAUAUCUCAAUGGAAUUGGUUCGUUUGGGGCAGUCGUAUUUCAUGAUUGAAGAUAGGCAUAUGUAUGAUGAUAGCUCUGGCUCGAGGUUUCAAUGUAGAUCAUUGAAUAUAAAUGAGGAUUUAGGUCAAGUACGAUAUGUAUUUUCUGAUAAAACUGGGACACUUACUGAAAACAAAAUGGAAUUUCGAAGAGCAAGUAUUCAUGGAGGGAAUUAUGGGAGCUCUUUUCCUCCUAUUGGUUCGUCACAGCAACAAAAUACAACAGGUAUUAUCUGA